AUGGUUCAGCCUCAGCCAGGAACCCCCGGGCCUUUGUCGCAAUCUCUGUUUGGUGUCCCGACUAACCAACCUCUGUCAACCACCUCUUCUUCCACGCCGUCGCAACAGCCAGCGACGUCUCCGAUGGACCAGACCCCAGGGUCCGCGGCCUCGAGUAAUAACACGUACAUUAUGCCCAACUCGCCGAUUAAGAAUCGAGGCACGUUGGACGGAUACCGACCCAGGGUAACGAGGACCCUUGGACAAAGACCCGCAUGUUUAGUCAAUGCCUCCGUCACAUACUGCGGCAACAACCAGAUAUACGCUUUUGGAGGGUUUGAUCAAUACACUGAUGAGGUGUACAAUCAUGUUCUCAAACUUGAUCUGGUGAGCCACCAAUGGAGCUUGGUGGACAACUACGGUGAUAUUCCCGGCGUGCGGAUGGGCCACACAGCUACCCUCUACCAGGGCGACAAACUUCUUGUAUUUGGUGGCGAAAACGAGCAUCGAACGUACCUGUCCGAUCUCAUUAUGUUCGAUUUGAAGACGGCGCACUGGAUGCAGCCUCAAGUAUCGGGCCCUGUGCCAAAGGGACGUGCAAGACAUGCUGCUGUUUUACACGAAGAUAAACUCUUCAUUGUUGGCGGUAUCACUGGUCAUGACAACUAUGUUCUUGACGAUAUCUGCUACCUCGACUUGAAAACCUUUACAUGGUCGCGAUCCUGGCGCUUUGUGGGACGUUUCGACCACUCAGCGUACAUCUGGGGAGAUCGUGUAUGGGUCUUCGGCGGUCUAUCUGAGGACAUGGACAAGAUUGGAGAUCUUUGGUGGCUAGACCUCAAAGGGAGUCCAGCAUUCGAGUCUUCGCCCCAUGUUGGUGUUUUCGAUCGUCAAACCGGCACCAGUCGAACAGUCGGCUCGCCUAGACAACCUUACGCGCUGUCACAUCCACCACCCGCUGUGGGCGCUUCUGGCUAUGCCGCCAAUUCUAGAACUCAACAAGUUAACCCACCAUCUUUUCAACUCAAGACGUUUGCUCCAAUGGCACCAGGAACGAUCUCGUCAUUGAAGUUUGUUUCCGGUCCCAAUAUACCUUCACAGGGAUCUGGUAUCCAUUUCCACGUCUACUCAUCUGGCACAUUACUUGACUUUGUCACGCCAGCAGCAACUAUUACGUCUAAGGAAUGCUCUUUGUCGGCUCUUGACCUAGCAACACUUCGAUGGCAAAAGCUUGCCGAGGGCCGUGAAAUAUUCAAAUCCGGCUACCGUUGGCACUACUGUACCAUGAACGAGGACGGCACGAAAGCAUGGCUGCUUGGGUGUCCCACCGAUCCUGCUGCGUCUGACCUUGGACCUAAUGGCUUCGAGGAGUAUUUAAGUGAUAUCAUGGAGAUCGAUCUUCGCCGAUACGGCUUCCUUGGCAACAACCUUUCUGUUGAGCCACGCACUGAGUCUCGACCAACUACAAGAGUUAUUGAUCAGCCUUCAAAGGGGCUUGGCGCGGACUUGGCUAAAUUAUUUGAUCAGCCACCCGAGACUGGUAGCGGUACUGAUUUUAUCAUCACGGCCUCGGAGGGUGACUAUGAAGAUGAUGAUAUGAUGAGCCGAAAUGUGAAUGCCUCAACGGACCAGAACUGGCUGGCCCCUGAUGCCCCCACCUCACAACCGAUCCACGUCCACAAGCUCAUUCUCCAGGCCCGCUGGCCGCAUUUCGCCCGUCUUUACAAUUCUCAAAUGGCCGAGUUUCAUACCAAGAAGAUGCACAUUCCCGAGCCUUACACUGUCGUCAAGGCGUUUCUUUACUACCUCUACACAGACAGUAUUCACGGAACAUCGGUCAACGAAAGUGGCGCAACUACUGAGUUAUCCGAUGUAGCUGGACUCUUAGUCAUGUCCAACAUUUAUGGAAUUCCACAUCUUCGACUGUUGUGUGUUAACCGACUGUCAAAGGAACUCGACGUCGACCAUGCAUGUAUUAUAUGGCAUUGCGCCGGGCUUGCGAAUGAGGAUUGGCUACGUAAACGCGCAGCGCAAUUUUGUCUCACGCACUGGGGUCGUAUUGUUCGCACACAAGGCUUUCUUCGCUUACCACGAUCUGCACUUGUUGAACUAUCUCAGGAGAUUGACAUGGAAGGCCGAGUCGUUGGAGGUGAUGAGUUGGAGUAUGUUGGUGGACUCGGUGGCUCCCGUUUUGGUGACGGCUGCUCCGUUGUGAGCCGAAAGGAAAGCGUCAGCAGCAAUCAUACCCAACUUCUCGAUAGCGAAGCCGAUGAUGAAGACGGAAUGGAAAUGAGCUGA